AUGCGCGAAUUGGAUUAUAUAAAAGCAGCGCCCUCGGGGUACCGGGUUGGGCCACGUCGCCGCGAUGACCUAAAAUCAGGCAAGUCGAAACUCGCAUGUGAUCUAGUAUCCUCCGUUCAGUUCCGUUUCCUCGCAGCUGCGGAUGCCCCUUACAUGCUUCUUGCUAUCCCCCUGAGACGGACGUGGAGCCAGGCUAUCAAAGGAACAGUGCUACCAGUGCGAGCGGUAGGAGGAAAAUCGGCGGGGCUCAAGGGGCAAAGGAAGAAGAGGGCGGAGAAGAAGAAUGGCCUCCCCGAUCCUCGUCCUGACGGGCAUCGCCGUCGUCUUGUUCCUUGUCCUGGUGUACCGAGUACGGGCCUCGCAGCGCGCCCUCGAUGCGCCCUGGACCCCGACGCCGCCUCCCUCGCCUUUGAGCGUGCGAACCGCCUACCGCCCGAGUCGGAGCUGGCGCCCGCCAUGUCCACGUAUGAGCUCCCGCUACGAACGCGGGGCCGGGACGUGGUGGACGCGCGCGGACGGCGGGUCAAGCUCGCCUCGGUAAACUGGUACGGCGCGAGCGACGAGCUCUUUGCAUCGGGCGGCCUAGACGCGCGUCACCGUGAUGAUAUUGCCCGCCUGAUCCGCCGCCUGGGUUUUAACUCGGUGCGCCUCCCUUACAGCGAUGAGCUCGUCACCUCUAACCCCAUCGUGCGCGCUGCCGACGUGGCCGCUAAUCCGGACCUGAUCGGCCUCUCUGCGCUAGAGGUCUUCCACGCCACCGUGCGGAGCCUGACAGGCGCUGGAAUAGCCGUUAUUGUCAACAACCACAUCACCCGUGCUAGUUGGUGCGACGGCUUCGAUUUGUGCGACGCCUCCUGGAAGAACGACCACCUGGGUCCAUUGUGUCCCCUCCGCCAAACCGAGGAGGACUGGAUCCGCCAUUGGGAAGCCGUCGUGGCGCCCCUGGCUGACGAUCCUCUGGUCAUCGGCGUGGACCUACGCAACGAAGUUCGAGGCCUGUGGGGCACCAUGUCCUGGGACAGCUGGGCCGCCGCGGCGGAGCGCGCAGGCGACCGCCUCCUCGCCCUCAACCCGGACUGGCUCAUCAUCGUCGGUGGCACCUCCUCGGGCAACGACCUGUCCGGCGGCCGCUACGCCACCCGCUCCUACGAGUCCUUUGUUUCCACCGUCCGGCGCCACUGGGGAUACCUUCUCGAGGGCGACAUUGCCCCCGUCUGGGUUGGCGAGUUUGGAGCACCCGCGCGCCCCGGUGUGGGUGACGCCCGGUAUUGGAGGCAUCUCGUACGCUACCUCAAGGUGCUUGAUGCCGACUUUGGCUACUGGGCACUUAACCCGCGCAAGAUGAGCAGGGAUGGGAGUAGCGUGCCCGAGACCUACGGGCUCGUUGAAGAGGACUGGAAAACGCCCGUGUUGGAUUACAGAAUGAAGAGCAUGAUUGAGCUGAUGAGGGACGUCGCAGACUCUGAGUCGGAAGACGAGGCGGGUAGGGGUAUAGGGGAGAGAAAGUAG